CUCUCUCUCUCUCUCUCACUUCAAAGGUAAAAAUCGCUUCAACUACUUCAAAGUUUCAUUCUUUUUUUUCUUCUUCAUCAAAAUUCAUCUUCCAAAUGCUAUACACACUACUCACUACACCUUCUUUUUUCUUCCUUUAUUACAUCAAUUUUCACACUUUCUUAACUUCAAAGUUUGAAUUUUUAUCUCAUUUCAGAUAUGGGUUUUGCAAGAUAUGACGAUUUCACUCCAUAAUCUCAUCUGGGUCGUGCUUAUUUUCACUUUCUGAUCAUUUUUUCUCAUCUGGGUCGUUUGGUUUAUUACAUGAAAAUUGAAAUAGCCCAAUUCAACAUUCUUGGUGUUAUUGAUUCUGUUUCAAAGUUUGGUUUUUUUUUUUUACUGAUAAAGAUUACUCUUUUAGUAGUUAAUUCUUGAAGUUUUUGUGGUUUCAACAAUGGAAGAAGAUCAAGAAGUGAUGAAAUUGAAACAUGUGUGCAAAUUCUGCAGAAAAAGUUUUGCUUCUGGUAAAUCAUUAGGUGGUCACAUGAGGUCUCAUGAUCAUGAUCAUGAUGAUGAUUAUGAUGAUGAUCAUGAUGAUGAUGGUGAUGAGUAUGUUGUUGCUGCAAGAAGAAGAAUGAAGAAGGAAGAAGGUUAUGGUCUUAGAGAGAAUCCAAAGAAAACUUGGAGAGUACUCACUGAUUCAACUAAUGAACAAGAGAUUCAAGAUCCUUUUGAUGUUGUUUUGGAUAAAUUGUGUAAAGAAUGUGGUAAAGGGUUUCAAUCUAUGAAAGCUUUGUUUGGUCACAUGAAGUGUCAUAAGAAGAAGAAUAGUUUUGAAUUGGAUGAAGAAGAAGAAGAAGAAGAUGAUGAUUCUAAUGCAACUGUUCUUCCAAAAAGAAAGAGAAGAUCCAAAAGAAAGUUAAGAACAAGGUACAAUAAGAGUAAUACUUCAACUUCUGUUGUGAAUUUUGGUGAUAAUUCUUUAGAUUCUAUUGCUGAAUCUUCUGAUAAUAGUGAUGAAAAGGAACAAGAAGAGGUUGCUAUGAGUUUGAUAAUGCUUAGUAGAGAUGUAAGACCUUGGUUUGGUAUCAAUUCUAUUGCUGAAUUUUCUGAUAAUAAUGAUGAUAAUGAUAAUGAUGAGAAUUCUUUGGAAUUCGAAGCGCCGUUAACUCAUUUAGUUUCUAAGAUUGAAGGGAAAAAGUUUAUCACUAAUAGUUCUGAAAUUGUGAAAAUGAACAAAAAACCAAAGAAGUUAGAUUUUGGUAAUGUUGUUUCUUCAGAUGUUAUGUCCAAAGGGAAAAGUUUAGAAGUUUUUGAUAAUGAUGAUGGAUUGAAGAUGAAGAAAGCUAGAGUUUCUGUUGUUGAGAAUGGAAAAGAUGAGAAGAAGAAAAUGGAGAUUGAGGUUGAUUCUGAUUUAGCAUUUGAGGUCAAUGUUGUUGAUUCUGAAACUAAGGUUACAUCAGAAGGUGAAUUCAGGAAGAGAAAAUAUCAGAAAAGAGGAAAAUUUGAAUGUGCUACUUGCAACAAAAAAUUUCAAUCUUAUCAAGCUCUUGGAGGACAUAGAGCUAGUCAUAAGAGAACCAAAGGCUUUUCUGCUUCAAGAAAUGAUCAAAGCAGUGAGAAUGGAAACAGUGCUGAAUUGGAAUUGGAAGUAGAUGCUGAGGGAAGAAUGGUAGAAAGUGAAAGAGUUAUGCUUAAUGAAGAAGUUGCUGAAAUGAGGGAUUAUCUUGAUCUUGAUCUUAAUCUUCCUGCUGCAAGUAUUGAUGAUGAAAGAAAUGGUCAUUCUGAGAUUUACAAACCAUGGUGGUUAGUUGGAAGCAGUCUCAAACAAGAGGCAAUGGUAGGUCUACUAUCAAACUAGUUCAUUCCAGUUUUUAGCGUUGGCUCGAUUCGGUUCGGUUCAAUUUGAUUCGACUUUAGAUUGAAGAUUUGAAUCUGUAUAGGAAAAGUUUUUGCAUUUUUUUUCAUUAAUUCUUUAAAGGAAUCAUGUAGCUUUUUGAGAUGUUUUUUGUUCUGCUUUUAUUCUUCUAGUAGUUUACAAGGAACUUUUGAUAUUGCUUUCUUUUUGUGAAUAUUGUAUUCUUUUGUUGGAUGGUGAUAAAUGAUGAUUACUUUGUUCAUACUUCAAAGAAUAGAUUCCUAUGCUGCAAAUUUUAACCUCAUGAUUGUUCUAUCUUUGAAGCUUGAGGAA